UUGGGGAACAGACGCAUGAACACAGCCUACAAUCUCAAACACAGGGGCCGCCAGCUGGAAUUCACGUAAUGGACAAUGCGCGCUCACCGAGGUGAUAACUCCGUGCCGUCUCUGGAUGGUGUCUAAGCCCGCGCACACGACCUGGGUGCCUGGCGACUGAAGAAAAACACAAAGAAAAGGACAGAAAUGAUUGUAUGAGAGCUGAUACUCACUGAAUCAGUUGCUGAUCUUCCCCGUGUGUUGCUGAGCAUUGGCUGGUGCGGGAGAACUUGUCGGCAUGGAGACGGUGGUGAUUGUGGCCAUUGGGGUUCUGGCCACCAUCUUCCUGGCGUCCUUCGUCGCUCUGCUGGUCGUCUGUCGCCACCGCUACUGCCGCCCAGUUGACCUGCUGCACCACUUUGACACCAAGCCUACGAUGGACCUGAUAAGCGCCAUGGAGACCCAGAGCGAGCCGUCUGAGCUGGAGCUGGACGAUGUGGUCAUCACCAACCCGCACAUCGAGGCUAUUCUGGAGAAUGAGGACUGGAUUGAGGAUGCCUCUGGUUUGGUGUCCCAUUGCAUCUCGAUUUUGAAGAUCUGCCACACUCUGACCGAGAAGCUUGUAGCCAUGACGAUGGGCUCGGGGGCAAAGGUCAAAGCCCCUGCCAGCCUCAGUGACAUCAUCACCGUGGCAAAACGCAUCAGCCCCAGGGUGGAUGAUGUUGUGCGAUCUAUGUACCCUCCUCUGGACCCCAAACUACUGGAUGCCAGGGCCACUGCUCUCCUGCUGUCAGUCAGCCACCUGGUGCUGGUGACCCGCAACGCCUGUCACAUGUCCGGCAGCAUGGACUGGAUCGACCAAUCGCUGCACGCAGCCGAGGAUCACAUGGUCGUGCUCCGGGAGGCGGCGCUGGCGUCUGAACCCGACCGCAGCCUGCCGGGAACAGACGCUUUUCGGCAGGAGCAGUCGACUAUCUAGCUCUGUUCUGACAGCACAAGGUGAAGGGGCCUUACACACAGCUGUACCUUCACAUACUACCACACACCUGAGUACUUUUUAUACAC